GGGAUUGGGAAGGAUAAACACGAAGAAGAAACUCGUGGAUCUCCUCCGCACCCAAGCCCACACCCAGAAGAGAAAGAAGAAGAAGCAGAAGAAGAAGACGGUGAACAAGGGUGGACAUCCCCAAACUGCGGCAGAACCAGAAUUGUAAACAGAAUCAGGAGGGUAGCAACCCCAUUGGCGAUUGCAAAAUUUGUGGAAAAGGUAUAUGACAAAACAGUAAAGACCUACGUUUACAGUCUUUAUGGCGGACCCACAUCGAAAAUUCAACUUCCAAAAGAUGAAUGCAAAACAGGUUUGCAUUUGUUACAACCUUUUGUGGUAUUCCAAAUUUUUGUGCCAAGCGGCCAACCUUUGACGUUAGAACUAAGGAUAUCUGAUACAACAAAUACAAGGCGGAAAAUGUAUUUUUCAACAUCGUUCAAUGAUGUCAAAUCCACACCACUUCAUUGUCAGAUUCCAAUUACAAUGGUCAAAAGAGACAUUUGGUUAUCUUUAUCAAUUCACGUUGCAGAUUUUUUCUUGCAUUGUUUCAAAUGCGGGGUGUUUCGUUCCGUGGAUGCAAUAGUAUUGGGACCAGUCUGCAAACUUCGAAAAAUAUUUACAAUGCGCAAUCGAUUGGUUGAUGCAGAAAGGGAUUGCAAUUCAUCUAGUUCUUGUGCAGAAAAUUCUCUACCUCCAGAACAUAUGUUUGCACUUGGUGUAGACAAUGCAAUUCAAGUUUUAGAUACAACUUCUUUGCCAAUGAUCACCAAAAAUUCUUUGGAUCUCUCAAAUGGCACACCAGGGGAUUUAACAAAAACUCAAAGAAACAAAUCAAACAAAUUGGAACCUAGACAGGUACAUGUGGCAUUUGGAUCUAGAAUGCCUUUACCAUUGUCCACAGUUCAAAUCAACACAAAUCUAUUAGGUGACCACAAACUUCAUACCAACAAAUUCCUUCAAAAAGAACAAGAAAGAAGUGAGCCAGAUGGUCAAAACUUUCCUUUUCAAACUGAGAUGUCUUCUAACUCAUGUGAGAAAAAAUUACUGCUGGACACCAAAGUUGAUAAAAACAAAACAAAAACUUUACAGAACCUUUUAAAACAUGCAAAUGCAUUCAACAGAAAUCAUGGAAUGUUAAAAUUCAAAAAAGACCUUUCGAGCAUAUCACAUGAAAAGAAAAACUCAACAAUUGAUGAACAUGUUGAUAUGCCUUCAAACUUGAUUACUUCAACCUCUUUCAAGGCUUCCAAUUGUUCAUUGAAGUUAUCUGCAGCCAACUCUAUUGAUGAUGUGGUACUAACAUCCAUGAAUAAUGAAGACACUUUUGAUUCAAUUCCAAAAGAUGGUCCAACAAUCAACAAUUUGCAAAAGCCAAAAGUUCAUUCAAAGCAAACACCUCGAUUUGAAGCCUUGGAUAUUGCAGCUUUGAAUAUGAAAACAAUUGAAACAAACACUAACAAAGCUAUUGAGCAAGAAUCUCCAACUCACAGCAUGAGGCUACAAGAAGAGUUCAAGUUACACUCUCCAAAAACAGGCUCUAAAAAAUAUUUGAGACGAAGCUGUUAUGUGGCUAGUGAAAAGAAAAAAGAGUAUAAACACAGCAAAUACAUGGAUUCUCCACCAGAGAGCCCUCCUUGUGGUUGGACAAGUCAUAUUGAAGAUGAUGAGGCCCAAAAAAGCUUCAAAAUGCCUUCAUUCUUUAACAAAUCAUUUGCUAGCGGAAAUGAUUUGGAGGUGCCUGAAGAUACACACUAUGCCCAAUCACUUACCUCAGAAGACAUUCAUUCAACAAAAUCUUUGCAUGACUUUGAGAUUGAGUCCAACAUGGCAAAGGAUUUGGCAUGUUCUAAUGAAAAUCAGUAUUGUUUGAACAAUUUGCUAACCAAACAUUCCAUGAAAGACAGGGUGUUACUUGCAUCUAAAAAUGUGGGUGAUUCUACAAAUGAUAGGCUGAGGCCAACAAGACCCACAAAUGAAAUGUUUGAUUUGGGAACCAAUGAUAAUCUUAUGUUUCAUGAUUCUGAGUUUGCCACAACAUUUUCUGAUGAGGUUGAUAGCUUUGGAAGACCAAGUUGGUCAUCCAAUGAUUCUCAACAUGGGCAAGAUUCUCAAGAAAACUUGGAAAACACAUCACAAGAAUUAAAAACACUUGAGAAUGAAGUAAAAAAUGAAGAUAUGGAUGGUCAUGAUUCAAUUGAUUUUGAUGGCAAUACAAUUGAUGGCCAUAUGUACUCUUCCAAAUCAUGUACUAUGGACCAAUCACCACGAUUUCAAAAAGGGUUGAGAGCUUUGACAUUGGAUGCUCAAAAACAUUCAGAAGAAAUGCUCACACCAUCUUCAUCUGAUUCUAUGGAUUCUAUUAAUGAAUGCUUAAAAUCACCAUUUUCAUUGCAAAAUGAAUGUGAACUUGACAAAGAAGAGGAGAUUACAAAUUGUGUGGAAGCAAAUGAUGGUCAACAAAUUACCAUGAACAAUGGGCAUCUUGAUGAAGAUUUAGAUUUAUUAUAUGAUUUCACUUUAGGUUGUUAUUAUGAUCCAAAAACAAAUCGAUAUUAUGAGUUGAAGUAACUCUGAGAAUCAUAUAGACAGCUUGAAUAUUGUUUUUAAACAUGAAUUUCAAAGGAAUUCUAAUCCAGAUGUUAUGUGGUUGAGAAAAACAAGAAAAUACGAACUAUGAUUAUAUUAGCUUUUGUUAGCUUCAAACUGCAUAAAUUAAGUUAGAUUUGGUAGUUUGCUGUAAAAAAUGAAUGCCAAAGGUGCUUGUUUGAUAUAAAAGGUUCAACAAGCCAACAUGUCAAAAGUAAAUGUUACAGUUAUACUUGGGUGGUUUUACCUUUUUAAUAAGUUAUGUAUUUUUUUAAAUCUAUGAUGAUAAUCUUAUACCCUUGACAUUUAUUACCAGGACAAGUUGAUUAAAAUGA